AUGACGUCCCACGGGAUGGAAUACCUCUGUGGCUGGUUCAGAGGCCACCACGCCCAGCCCCGUGGCAACCAGCCACUCUGUGACAUCACCCCCGGGGCCAAGGGCAUCCUGGGCAACGUGAGUUCGGGGGGCAGGACCUGUGGGCUCCGGCCCAUGGCUUUUCAGUACGGCAUGUCGCGCGUCGUGGGUGGCACAGAUGCCCAGGCAGGGGCCUGGCCCUGGAUCGUCAGCAUCCAGAAUCCCUGGCAAGCGGGCACGGGUCAUACCUGCGGAGGCUCCCUCAUCAGCGCACAGUGGGUCCUGACAGCAGCCCACUGCUUCAUCGAGGCCAGCUACAUCACCAUGUGGCGCGUGGUGAUCGGUGCCAUGCGGCUGACUCAGCUGGGCCCUGAGGCCCAGGUGCGCAACAUCAAGCGGCUGCUCCUUCACCAAGGCUACAGUAACAUCACGCAGAGGAACGACAUUGCCUUGCUGGAGCUGGACCAGCCUGUGCAGUGCAACGCCUACGUUCAGCUUGCCUGUGUGCCCGAUGCCUCGCUGAGAGUCUCGCAGCUGAAAAACUGCUACAUCAGCGGCUGGGGUGCCACGACUGCAAGAUGUGAGUACCGCGGAAGUACUCCUGGACGAUCAACGGAUGUGCUGCAGGAGGCCCAGGUCCGCCUCAUUGAUGUCAACGUCUGUAACAGCAGCCGGUGGUACAGAGGGGCCAUCCACACGCACAACGUCUGUGCUGGCUAUCCGCAGGGCGGCAUUGACACCUGCCAGGGGGACAGCGGUGGGCCUCUCGUGUGCCAAGACAGCAGUGCAGACUACUUCUGGCUUGUUGGUGUCACCAGCUGGGGGAGAGGCUGUGCCCGAGCCAGGCAGCCCGGAGUCUACACCUCCACUCAGCACUUCUACGACUGGAUCCUGCUACAGAUGGGCCUGCGCCCAGCAGUGAGGGCUACUCCAACAGCACGCGCUUGGAGUCAUUUUGUCACCACCUCAAGCCCCGUUCCGAGGCCAAGGCCCACAGCAGUGCAGUCGGGCGGCUCCUGCCCAUUUCCAGUCCAGAAGCUGCUGGACUUCUUUAGCCGGCUGCAGGAGCUCCUGCAGUACCUAAGGGGAAAAACGGUAGGCCACCACGCCCAGCCCCGUGGCAACCAGCCACUCUGUGACAUCACCCCCGGGGCCAAGGGCAUCCUGGGCAACAUGGAUUUGCUGCGCCUCCUCCUCAUCCUGCUGGCCAUGUGCUGUCCUGCGUACGGCACAUGGGACAGCUGUGGAGGGACCUGUGGGCUCCGGCCCAUGGCUUUUCAGUACGGCAUGUCGCGCGUCGUGGGUGGCACAGAUGCCCAGGCAGGGGCCUGGCCCUGGAUCGUCAGCAUCCAGAAUCCCUGGCAAGCGGGCACGGGUCAUACCUGCGGAGGCUCCCUCAUCAGCGCACAGUGGGUCCUGACAGCAGCCCACUGCUUCAUCGAGGCCAGCUACAUCACCAUGUGGCGCGUGGUGAUCGGUGCCACGCGGCUGACUCAGCUGGGCCCUGAGGCCCAGGUGCGCAACAUCAAGCGGCUGCUCCUUCACCAAGGCUACAGUAACAUCACGCAGAGGAACGACAUUGCCUUGCUGGAGCUGGACCAGCCUGUGCAGUGCAACGCCUACGUUCAGCUUGCCUGCGUGCCCGAUGCCUCGCUGAGAGUCUCGCAGCUGAAAAACUGCUACAUCAGCGGCUGGGGUGCCACGACUGCAAGAUCUGGACGAUCAACGGAUGUGCUGCAGGAGGCCCAGGUCCGCCUCAUUGAUGUCAACGUCUGUAACAGCAGCCGGUGGUACAGAGGGGCCAUCCACACGCACAACGUCUGUGCUGGCUAUCCGCAGGGCGGCAUUGACACCUGCCAGGGGGACAGCGGUGGGCCUCUCGUGUGCCAAGACAGCAGUGCAGACUACUUCUGGCUUGUUGGUGUCACCAGCUGGGGGAGAGGCUGUGCCCGAGCCAGGCAGCCCGGAGUCUACACCUCCACUCAGCACUUCUACGACUGGAUCCUGCUACAGAUGGGCCUGCGCCCAGCAGUGAGGGCUACUCCAACAGCACGCGCUUGGAGUCAUUUUGUCACCACGUCAAGCCCCGUUCCGAGGCCAAGGCCCACAGCAGUGCAGUCGGGCGGCUCCUGCCCGUUUCCAGUCCAGAAGCUGCUGGACUUCUUUAGCCGGCUGCAGGAGCUCCUGCAGUACCUAAGGGGAAAAACGGUGUGA